GCCGCAGUCGCUGUCCCCCCGGGUUCCCCGCCCUCCAGUCCCCGGAGCCUCCGUUUCCUUCCCCCACCGCCUUCCCCAGCCAUGGAGUGCCCUCACCUCAGCUCCAGCGUCUGCAUCGUCCCGGACUCGGCCAAGUUUCCCAACGGCUCCCCGUCAUCCUGGUGCUGCAGCGUGUGCCGGUCCAACAAAAGCCCCUGGGUCUGUUUGACUUGUUCAAGUGUCCAUUGUGGAAGGUAUGUGAAUGGUCAUGCAAAAAAACAUUAUGAAGAUGCACAGAUUUCCUUAAGCAACCAUAAGAAAACAGAAAAACAAGAGAAAGUUCAACAUACUGUGUGCAUGGAUUGCAGUAGUUACAGUACAUACUGUUAUCGCUGUGAUGAUUUUGUGGUAAAUGAUACCAAGCUGGGACUGGUACAGAAAGUCAGAGAACACUUACAGAACUUGGAAAAUUCAGCCUUUACAGCGGACAGACAUAGGAAAAGGAAACUUUUGGAAAACUCAUCUCUAAACAGCAAGUUGUUAAAAGUAAAUGGAAGUACCACUGCUCUUUGUGCUACUGGCCUUCGGAAUUUGGGGAACACGUGUUUUAUGAAUGCUAUUCUUCAGUCACUCAGUAACAUUCAGCAGUUUUGCUGUUAUUUUAAAGAACUUCCAGCUGUGGAAUUACGGAAUGGGAAAACAGCAGGAAGGCGGACUUAUCACACCAGGAGCCAAGGAGAUAACAAUGUUUCCUUGGUAGAGGAGUUUAGAAAAACAUUGUGUGCUUUAUGGCAAGGCAGCCAAACUGCAUUUAGCCCAGAAUCCUUAUUUUAUGUUGUUUGGAAAAUCAUGCCAAAUUUUAGGGGUUAUCAACAGCAGGAUGCCCAUGAAUUUAUGCGCUAUCUUCUGGACCAUCUACACUUGGAACUCCAGGGAGGCUUCAAUGGUGUUUCUAGAUCAGUAAUUCUGCAAGAGAAUUCUAGUCUUUCUGCAAGUAACAAAUGUUGCAUAAAUGGAGCAUCUACAGUUGUCACAGCUAUAUUCGGAGGCAUUCUUCAAAAUGAAGUUAACUGCUUAAUAUGUGGGACAGAAUCUAGAAAAUUUGAUCCAUUUCUUGACCUUUCAUUAGAUAUUCCCAGUCAGUUCAGAAACAAGCGUUCUAAGAACCAAGAAAAUGGGCCAUUGUGUUCACUUCGAGAUUGUCUUCGUAGUUUUACAGACUUGGAAGAACUUGAUGAGACAGAACUGUAUAUGUGCCACAAAUGCAAAAAGAAACAGAAAUCCACCAAAAAAUUUUGGAUUCAAAAAUUACCAAAGGUGCUAUGCUUACACUUGAAAAGAUUUCAUUGGACAGCAUAUCUAAGAAACAAGGUUGAUACAUAUGUAGAAUUUCCCCUGAGAGGCCUAGACAUGAAAUGCUACUUAUUGGAGCCUGAGAAUAGUGGUCCAGAAAGCUGUCUCUAUGACCUUGCUGCAGUUGUUGUGCAUCAUGGUUCAGGUGUUGGUUCUGGACAUUACACAGCUUAUGCAACUCAUGAAGGUCGCUGGUUCCAUUUCAAUGACAGCACCGUAACACUGACCGAUGAGGAGACUGUGGUAAAGGCCAAGGCCUACAUCCUCUUCUAUGUGGAACGCCAGGCCCGAUCUGGCUCUGAGAAACUCUGAUUCCCGCCUUCGUUAUCCUUCAUCAAGUCCACCGGACAAAACAUUUCCAAUUUUCCACAAAUACUUGAUCCAAGACUAUUAAUUUCA